CCUCUCCUCCCCCUCCGCCCAUGGCGGCGCCGCCGCCCUCCGCCGCCUCCGCCGCCGCCGGAGGUGGGUUUCCGACACCCCUGUCGCCGCCGUACCCGGCGGUGUCGAAGGAGGUGGAGCUGCGGCGGGCCAUGUCGGCGGCGGCGCGCUCCGGCGCCUGCGCCGCCGCCGAGGUCGUGUUCGAGGACGAGUGGCUCGUCGUCGCCAACAAGCCCUCCGGGAUCUACUGCGAGACCCUCCUCUCCAUCCUCGCCGAUCCUCGCGGGGCUGCCACAAACCAAUCUAACCUUCAUCUAGCCAACCGGCUAGAUCGCGACACGAGUGGGCUCAUGGUGAUAACCAAAUGCAACAAGGUAGCCGCGAAGUUAGUGAAGGCGUUCACCGAUCACAAGGUGAAGAAAACAUAUUUAGCUCUUUGCGUCGGUAAUGCACCGAAGUGGGAAAAGAUUAAGAUAAGCUCCGGUCAUGGAAGAUCGAAAUUUGGGGCUUUUCGUGUGUACUCCGCAAAAGAUGUCGGUCGAACGCUUCCGGGUGGUUCUCUUGCGAAGCAUAUGACAACGUCCUUUGAAGUACUGGGCAUUAAUGGUAGAGGAAAGUUUAGGGAGCGGAGUGAUAUUGAAAAGGGGGAGAUUGAGUCAAUUAUAGUGCAAGAGAAGGGUGUUGAGAUCAUUGAAAGUGAUGAUGAGAAGAAGGAUGAGAUCUUGGUCAGAGCUUAUCCUCAAAGUGGGAGGACGCAUCAAAUUCGGCUACAUUGCCAAUAUUUGGGAAUGCCGAUUAAAGGAGAUGUAAAGUAUGGUGGGGUUUAUGAAUGGAAGGGUGAGACUUGUGAUGCUCAUGCAUUGCAUGCAGAGAGCUUGUCGUUCAUGCAUCCUAUCACCAGUUUGCCGCUUCUAUUUCAGGCACCUCUUCCUUUGUGGGCAAGUGAGUUAACUAAAGGAAUCUCUCAUGAUUUAUAAAAAAAAGAUUUUCUUCCAGAUUGUUUAAGCAGUGACGAGGAUGAUUGAUUUUGUGAAGGAGUUCUAUUUAUCGAGUGAAGUGGUGUUGUGACAGUUGAAGCCAUGUUGAAUUUUAAGAAUAUGGUUUCAGCAGUGAAAAUUCCCACAAAGAAGCAGCUGGAGUAAGUACCAUUCUUCCGGCACACAAGUUUUAUGCCAGUUGUCAAUCUAUCUGAACAAACCAUUCUACUUUUUCCAGGUUUCGGUCUUGCUACUUGUCUGUUUAGUCGAGGAAUGUAAUUUUUCCAUUAUUUCUGUGAUGCUCAAUGAGAACUUCCAGUGUAGCUCUAUAGCAGUUUUUUAUAUCAAACUUAUGCAUAUUUCCCUAUCAAUUACAAUGUAUAUCUAAUAUCAAUUAAGGUUCAUUAUAUUGCACCUUCAGUAUUUCAAUGAGAUCAGCAAA